AGCAAUCACCAGAACAGCAACAACAGCAACAGCAACAACAACCACAACAACAACCACAACAACAACAACCACAACAACAGCAACAGCAACAACAAUCACCAGAACAGCAGCAGCAGCAGCAACAACAACAAACACAGCAACAGUCACCGCAGCAAAGGUAUGGGACUGAAAUUUCAGAGCAUAAGGAGUCCAAUGAAAAGCUGGGUAAUAAAAGGAAAUUGAAAAAUGGUUCUGAGAAAUCUAAGAAACAAAAGACCGAUCCUGCUGCAAAAACAAAGAAAUUCAAGAAAGAAGAACCUAAAGAUAUCGACUCGAAUGAUUCAACUGUUUCACCGGAUUCCACGGCAAACAACAAGGGCAACGGGGAUUCGAAGCGAAAGAGCUUUUUGGAACGUAAUAGAGUUGCAGCCUCGAAGUGUCGUCAACGUAAGAAACAAUUGAUUCAAAAGAUGGAAGAUGAAUUAGCCUUUUAUUCAAGCGGUUAUAGGGAAUUAUCUGCUCAAGUAACUCAAUUGCGUGACCAAUUGGUUAAUCUUAGAGGAAUACUCAUUGGACACAAGGACUGUCCAAUGUUAGUGUCUUCAGUUGGAGGGUUUGACCAAUUGAAUAAUAUCAUCCAACAAAGCAAUUAUGUAACACAAAUUGCUUCCAGAAGUCAAACCAAUGUCAGCUCUAUGCCAAGCACUAUUCCAACUACAUUAAAUACGCAUACGGGCCCUAUUAACGCAAACCAGCCAGUUAACCUGUACAUUAUUCCACCCAAUGGGCAACAAUCUAGUAGUAUUGGCCACAGUCCUGCGUUACCAUUGCAUUUAACUCAAGCUAAUGCUGAUCGUACGAGUAAUAAUUCAACUACAAAUCCAUCGACCGAUACGUUGAAUACAUCUGCAUCCAUCAACUAUCCGAAUCAUAAUCAACAACCAAACAAUAUUUCCAGCCACCAUAGUCUUUCUGAUUUACCCUCUGCUGCUGCGCAGACUUUGAACCAGCAAACCAAUCAACCUUCUAGUACGGGUGAUUUAAGAACCAUUCAUAGCAUGUCCAAUAUUGCAGGCAUGAAUAACACUAGUGAUAAAUUGCAGGGCAUGGGUAAUUCUGGCUUCAAUCUAAGACCUGUUAACAGCAUGAUUGAUCUCAAUCAACAGCAUAUUCAGCAAUCUCAUCCUCAGCAACAAAACUAUGGUAACAAUAUGGUAGAUCCGGUUGCAGUCGCUACAAGAAACAUGUUAGGCUUAUCUCAGCCCCAAUCUUAA